AUGAGCACCGAGAGCAUGAUCCGGGACGUGGAGGUGGCCGAAGAGGAGCUUCCCAAGAAGGCAGGGGGGCCCCAGGGCUCCAGGCGCUGCUUGUGCCUCAGCUUGUUCUCCUUCCUGCUCGUGGCAGGAGCUACCAUGCUCUUCUGCCUCCUGCACUUCGGGGUGAUCGGCCCCCAGAGGGAAGAGCUCCCCAGUGUCUUCCAUCUAAUCAAUGCCAAUCCUCUGGCCCAGACACUCAGAUCAUCCUCCCGAACCCCAAGUGACAAGCCUGUAGCCCAUGUUGUAGCAAACCCCCAAGCUGAAGGGCAGCUGCAGUGGCUAAGCCAGCGUGCCAAUGCCCUCCUGGCCAAUGGUGUGAAGCUGACAGACAACCAGCUGGUGGUUCCAUCAGACGGGCUGUACCUCAUCUACUCCCAGGUCCUCUUCAAAGGCCAAGACUGCCCUUCUACCCAUGUGCUCCUCACUCACACCAUCCGCCGCUUUGCUGUCUCCUACCAGGACAAGGUCAACCUCCUCUCUGCCAUCAAGAGCCCCUGCCAGAGGGAGACUCUGGAGGAGGCUGAGGCCAAGCCCUGGUAUGAGCCCAUCUACCUGGGAGGGGUCUUCCAGCUGGAGAAGGGUGAUCGACUCAGUGCCGAGAUCAAUCGACCUGACUAUCUUGACUUUGCUGAGUCCGGGCAGGUCUACUUUGGGAUUAUUGCCCUGUGAGGGAGACAGAUGUCCAUCCAUC